GGAUCCUUAGCUACAAAAUUGUGCACCAGAGAAAAUUUAAUUUUGGUUUUUAUUUUCUGAUCCAUGGCUGUUUCCUCUUAUUCUGCGAGUGAAAAACUUUCCAGGGCUGCAAUGUUGUUGCUCUUUGGGUUGUUGAUGUCCCACAUACAAACAUCAGGAGCCAUAGGUGUAUGCUAUGGAAGAAAUGGCAACAAUUUACCACCACAAGCUGAAGUUGUGACUCUCUACAAGGACAACAACAUUGGGCAGAUGCGAAUUUACGAUCCGGAUCAAGCAACCCUCCAGGCCCUGAGAGGAUCCAACAUUGAACUCAUCCUCGACGUCCCAAAAGACAAACUCCAGGACCUGACGGAUUCUGCAAAAGCCGGAGAUUGGGUCCAGACAAACGUCCUGGCCUACUCCGCUGACGUCAAAUUCCGAUACAUUGCAGUGGGAAAUGAAAUCCGCCCUGGUGAUGCAGAAGCUCAAUAUGUUCUUCCUGCAAUGCGGAAUGUCUACAAUGCAAUAGCUGCGGCAAAUUUACAAGGGCAGAUCAAGGUUUCGACCGCAAUCGACACAACUUUGUUAGGCAGUUCCUCACCCCCGUCCGAGGGGGCUUUCAGUUCUGAAGCAAGCUCCUACAUCACCCCCAUAAUUCAAUUCCUGGCACAAAAUGGAGCUCCACUCCUUGCCAAUGUGUACCCUUAUUUUGCCUACACUGGUAACACCGCACAAAUCAGCCUGGCUUAUGCAUUGUUUACUGCUCCAGGAGUUGUAGUACAAGAUGGUUCGUACCAAUACAGGAAUUUGUUCGAUGCAAUAACGGAUGCUCUGUAUGCCGCUUUGGAAAAGGCGGGUGCCCCCAAUUUGGAGAUUGUUAUAUCAGAAAGUGGGUGGCCAUCAGAAGGGGAUCCUGCAGCCACUGUGGAAAAUGCAGGAACUUACUACAGGAAUCUGAUUAAUCAUGUGAAGGGAAACACAGGGACUCCAAGGAAGCCUGGAAAGGCUAUUGAAACAUAUUUGUUUGCCAUGUUUGAUGAAAACCUGAAAGCUGCAGGGAUUGAGCAACAUUUUGGUGUCUUCUCUCCAAACAAGCAGCAGAAGUACCAACUAACUUUUGGCUGAAAGAGUUGCUACAGCUUUCUCAUAGCCUAAGUUUUAAAUAAGAGAGCCUUGUGCACCAUUUCAUAAUGUACUAAAAUAAUAUUUUUACGAUAAAUAAAGUUAAUAAUUAUUGCCA